CAGAGGUUACAGAGGGAGGACAUGGUUAAGAAUUAAAAGACAACAUCACUGGGAUAAAGUUAAUAUUGGACUGUGUUACCUCAGACACGAAGAAAUUCUUUGCCAACCUCAAGUGUUGCUGUUUUUGUCAACACACCCGUGGAAGUAUACUGAAAAUAGAAACUUGAAGGUUAUCUUUGGACAACAAAGGAAUUUAACAAGUUCAUAGUAUGCGUGUAGCUUAAUUAACCGUGAUAACGAUGAAGCCUUUAUCUUUCAAAGUCACCUCAGACCACUUUCGGCUGUGCGUCUUCCUGAGUCUACUUUGGGUUGUCACUGACUCCAAUGCUACACCAGCACCAGCAUCAACACCAGCAUCAACACCAACACAAACAUCAACGCCAAGCACAACGCUUUCAACAACAAUGACUAUCACAACAGAAGCCACAACGACGACAGCACCGCCAACGACUACAACGACAACCCCUCCAACAACAAAACCACCUCCUGACAAUGUCAAGGACGUGCGGGUGUCGUCACAAAAUGAGAGCAGUAUAACUCUGGUGUGGGACAAGGUUGACAACAUACUAACAUACUUCCUAAAGUAUAAUAACGAGGGUCUCAAGGUGGUUCCUAUCAAUGCAUUAGAAGCAGGGCCAUCAGUUACACAUGUGGUCUCUUCGCUUACUGCUGGAAUAGAAUAUGAUUUCACUCUCUUCACUUCAUCUGAGGGAGGCAACAGUACUGGAUACAAAUUUCAGGCUGUCACUGCUCCCCUUAAUGCCGAAGAUUUCCAGUCAGUUGACCAAACUGAGACCAGUGUAACUCUGCAGUGGAAAAAAGUGGGAAAUUUCAACUAUACUCUUGUGCUCAAUGAAAAGGAGAUAAACAUCACUGCAUCAGAGGGAUCUGAACCUGAGACACGCACAAUCUCAGGACUCACAAGUGGGACUAGACAUGAAUUCACUCUCUACACUUUGUUUAAAGAGGCCAGAAGUAGUGGAGUACCCACCACUGCAUUUACCAUUCCUCUUAACGCAAACGGGUUCAAGUCAGUCAACCAAAGUGAGACCAGUAUAACCCUACAGUGGGAAAAAGUGAACAACGUCUCCAACUAUAGACUUGUGUUCAAUGGCAAGACGAUAAACAUCACUGCAUCGGAGGAGGAUCCAGUGACACACAUAGUCUCAGACCUCACAAAUACGACGAGAUACAACUUCACUCUCUUCACUGUGUUUGAAAAUGUCACAAGCCGCGGAGUAAACAUCAUUGCAUUUACUGCACCUCCUGAUGCAGAAGGGUUCAAAUCAGUUGGACAAAGUGAGACCAAUAUAACUCUGCAGUGGAAAAGAGUGAAUGAUUUCGUCAACUAUGCACUUGUGUAUUUUGGAAAGGAGAUAAACAUUUCAUUGACAGAAGAGGAACCAAUAAAAUACACAGUCCCAGAGCUCACAAGUGGGACUAAAUACGACUUCACUCUCUACAGUGUGUUUGAAACUGUCAGGAGCAGUGGAGUAAAACACAGUGCACCCACUGCUCCUAAAAAUGUGCCGGACAUGAAUUUGUUGACACGAAAUGAGAGCAGUAUAACUCUGGUGUGGGACAAGGUUAAUGACAUCUCAACAUACCUCCUACAAUAUCAUAAAGAAGGUCAUCCUGAGGUGGACACUAUCCCUGCACCAGUGGGAGGGUCAUCAGUUACACAUGUGGUCUCUUCGCUCACUGCUGGGACCAUAUAUCAUUUCACUCUCAUCACUCAGUUUGAGGGAGUCAACAGUACUGGAUACAGAUUUGACGCUGUCACUGCUCCCCUUAAUGCAAAACAGUUCAAAGCAGUUCGCCAAAAUGAGACCAGUAUAACCCUACAGUGGGAAAAAGUGAACGGUGUCCUCAACUAUACACUUGAGUUCAAUGAAACGAUGAUAAACAUCACUGUAUCAGAGGAAGAUCCAAUGACAUACACAGUCUCAGACCUUGAAAGCAUGACGAGAUACGUCUUCACUCUCUUUGCUGUGUUUGAAAAUGCCAGAAGCAGCGGAAUAAACACAAUUGCAUUUACUGCACCUCGUAACACAGAAAAGUUCGAAUCAGUUGAACAAAAUGAGACCAGCAUAACACUGCAAUGGAAACAAGUGAACAAAGUCCUCAGCUAUACACUUAUGUUCAAUAAAAUGGAGAUUAAUGUUGCUGCUUCAACGGAACUUCAAGUGAAACACACAGUCACAGAGCUCAAAAGUGGGACGAAAUAUCACUUCACCCUCUACAGUCUGUUUGAAACUGUGAGAAGCAGUGGAGUAAACUACAGUGCACCCACUGCUCCACGUAACACACAAGAGGUAAAAGCAGUUGGACAAAAUGAGACCAGUAUAACUCUGCAGUGGGAAAAAGUGAAUGACAUCCUCAGCUAUACACUUGUGUUCAGUGAGACGGUUAUAAACAUCACUGCAUUAGAGGGACUAAAAAACGUGACACACACAGUCUCAGAGCUCACAAGUGGGACUAAAUACAAUUUCAAUCUCUUCACCGUGUUCGAAAAUGUCAGAAGCAGUGGAGUAUAUCACUCUGCAGUCACUGCUCCAGGAAACGUUAACAACGUAACUGUGGUGACACAGAAUGAGAGUAGUAUAACUCUGAAGUGGGACAAGGUAAACGACAUCUCAACUUACUUCCUACAACAUGAUAACAAUGGAAGUUUCAUUGAGGUCAAUCAAGAGGCAUCAGUUACCUAUGAGGUCUCUUCACUUAAUGCCGGGACAAAAUAUAAUUUCACCCUCAUCACUCGCUUUGAGAAAGUCAACAGCACUGGAUUCUCGUUUUGCGCUGUUACUGUUCCCUCAAUGGUGCCUUUGGUCAAUGUGACUGAACGCUCCGUGACCAGCAUAAACCUGACGUGGCAGAAUGUGAAUAAAGACUGGAACUACUUUCUCCUAAUUGAUGGAGGAAUUACCCAAAGUCACCGAGAUCAAGACCCGGAUGUUGUGUCCCGUUCAGUCACGUCUCUCCAGCCUGGGACAGCGUAUCCUUUCAGCGUGAUCACAGAGUUCUCUGGACACAACAGCACUGCGUACAAAGGCUUCACAGUAACAAAAAUAGACUGUGCCAGUGUCAGCUGGCGUGUUACGAACUCAUCAAUCCAAGGAGUGGUCGAAGGCUUGUUCUCGAAUGCCACAGUCACUAAUCAAUCACAAAUUCAUGUCAGCCCUGGAGGCAGCAAUGUGACAUUUACAGAUCUUUACCCUGGCGCGACCUACAACAUGUCUCUUGUGUAUGAAAAAGAUUCCAUGUCCUUUUCUCAAUGUAACCACACGCUGACAAUCAUGCCUCCAAUGUUAAGUGCUCACUGCAAGUACUGGGCAGCUGGCUACUCUAUCCUUAUUGUCUGGAAUGAACCUGAAGGUGUGUGGACUGACGUGGACGUGAAUGUGAUGGGGGAUAGUCACAUAGUGGCUGAUAAUGGGCAACGGCAACUCACAAUCCAUGGAGUCCAACCUGCCAGAACAUACAAGGUGUCUCUAACUUCACUGUCUGGGCCAGAGAGGAGUUAUGAAUUUGUUUUUCAGUGUUCUACUGAUCCAAGGGGAGUCAUUGCAGGGUCAGUAUUUGCUGUUCUGCUUUUUGCUAUCCUGGUCUGUCUGGCUGUCUUCAUUUUUUUGAAAAGACCAGAUAUAAUCAGCAGGAAAAAGUCAUUCAUUGGUGGUUCCAGACAAGCCAAUAAAAAGUGCAAAGCAAUUUCUGUGGCAAAGUUCCCAGACCACUUCGCCCAGUUAAGUGCAGAUGAGAACAGAGGUUUUACCCAGGAAUAUGAUAGCCUCGCGCCUGUGGGCACAGAACAAACACGUAAGGCAGCGGGUCUACCUGAGAACAAAACGAGGAAUCGUUUCAACAAUGUCCAGCCAUAUGACUGGUGUCGGGUGAAACUAACUUCAUCCAGUCACAAUGGAACCUCUGACUACAUUAAUGCCAGUUACAUGCCAGGCUACAACAGCAACAGAGAAUUCAUCGCCACUCAGGGUCCUCUGCCUGCCACAGUCGAUGAUUUCUGGAGGAUGAUCUGGGAGCAAAGAGUAAAAGGCAUUGUUAUGGUAACCAACUGCACGGAGAAUGGACGGAUUAAGUGUGAACGAUACUGGCCUGCAGACAGUCAGCCCUGCCCUUACGGAGAGCUGUUGGUCACUGUCAGUUCUGAGCAGCAGCAGCCCAACUGGACACUGAGGGAAUUUAGGUUGAAACAAAGGAACACCUCGGAGGAGCGCACAGUGAAACAUUUUCACUUUACCGCCUGGCCUGACCACGGAGUCCCACAGGGCACAGAAGUCCUGAUCCAGUUCAGAGGACUGGUGAGACAGCACAUAGAGAGCGCAGGGACUGGGGCGCCAACUGUGGUUCACUGCAGUGCUGGAGUGGGGAGGACAGGCACCAUCAUAGCCCUGGAUGUGCUGCUUCAGCAGCUUGCGAAACAAAGAGCAGUGGGCAUCAAAGGCUUCGUGUACAAGAUGAGACUGAGCCGACCGUACAUGGUGCAGACAGAGUCCCAGUAUGUGUUCCUGCACCAAUGCAUCAUGGACAGUCUGGAGCCACGUGAGAAGACAGAGGAGAACAUAUACGAGAACGCGGACAUGAUAUACGCCAACGCCACUGCGCUGCGGGAGUUUCAUAGCGCAAAUGCCUAAAGAAGACUGGCAGC